AUGUCUGCAGUAGACUCGCCCAUUACGCCCACCGAUUCGCGGGCUGGGACGAUUCAGCCCGAGUCGACCGUGCCAUCCUCCCCGAUGACCGAGCCUCUCGAUCAAGACUCGAAAGAAACCUUGGAGAAGGAAACAGAUUUGGAAAAUCUUGAAGAUAGAGAGAAAGGCAAAGGCACGGUGGGUGGUGAUUCGACAGGGGCGACAGAAGAUGUGGACGACACAGAAGGCAUGGACACCAAGGCAAAGGCCCUGAUGCAUCUUCUCAAGACUAGCUCGGUUUUUGUCGCUAUCAUGUCGGAGAAGAUGAAGAAACAACAAGAGGAGGCUAGACAACGGGCUGCAACCCAGAAACGAGUGGCCACCGAGCAGAAGCCGAAACCAAAACCCACAACUAGCGCACGGCGAGAAACCCGGAAUACAGCCAAAGAGGAACCCAUGACUGAGGAUAUCUCUGCCGGAAAUGAACCAGCCGCGGGGAAGAAACGGGGCCGUCCUCGAAAGAGUGGCCCCAAUGGGAGCACAAUAUCCAGCUAUUUCCAGAAAGCCGAUGUCAAGGUCGACGAGGACAAUCCCACCGUUCAAGAGGCACUUGAACAGGCUGCAGAGGACUACGAGGCCAAUCCAACUGCUCUUGGUGGGCAGGAGCUUGUCGCCACCCAGCAGCCAGCUCUGGUAACCGGCGGCAAGAUGCGCACCUACCAACUGGAGGGGUUGGAGUGGAUGAAGACUCUCUGGAUGAAUGGCCUUUGCGGCAUUCUUGCUGAUGAGAUGGGUCUUGGGAAGACCGUACAAUCUAUCUCAAUGAUCGCCUUCUUGAAAGAGAACAAUGUCUCGGGUCCUUACCUUAUUGCAGCGCCGCUUAGUACCCUCAGCAACUGGAUUGAUGAGUUCAAGAAGUGGACUCCCGAUAUUGAGACUGUUCUUUAUCACGGCACUAAAGAGGAGCGUGCGGCUAUGCGGAAUAAAUGCAUGAAACCGAGCGAUCAGGGAAAGAUGAAUUUUCCUAUCGUUUGUACAUCUUACGACAUUUGCAUCAACGAUUCAAAGUUCCUUGGGCAAUACCAAUGGAGAUACAUUGUUGUGGACGAGGGCCAUCGCCUCAAAAACAUGAAUUGCAAGCUCAUCAAAGAGUUAAUGACAUACAACUCUGCUAAUCGAUUACUCAUCACUGGCACACCAUUGCAAAACAACAUAUCUGAGCUGUGGUCACUAUUGCAUUUCCUACUUCCGGAGGUGUUUAAUGAUUUGAAGAGCUUUGAGAGCUGGUUCGACUUCUCCUCUAUCUUGGAUGAUUCGGGUAAAGCAGAAGUCAUCGAGCGCCGGAAACGCAACUUGGUGACAACGAUGCACUCCAUCCUGAAACCAUUCCUCCUGCGACGUGUCAAGACCGACGUGGAGCAUUCUCUUCCGAAGAAGCGCGAGUACAUCCUGUAUGCUCCGCUUACUCCUGAACAAAAAGAGCUUUACAGGGAAAUCCUAAGCGGCACUGGACGUCAGUAUCUUGAAGGAAAGGCUCUGGAACGUCUCACUGCUAAGAGCUCUACCCCUACUUGCUCACGCAGCUUGAAGCGUCGCCGCAGUAGCGAUGAACCAGGGACGCCCAACAAGAGUCAGCGCACCGCCAGAGACAGUGUGCCAGCCAGUGGCACCUCUUCAGCCCGACGACGCCGAGGACCUCAAAGUUACAAGGAUAUCAGCGACCGAGAGUUCAAUUCAAAACUGCGCAAGCUUGAACAAGGUCUCGACGAGGAUGAAGAAGAAACGGAAGAGCCUAACGAAACCGAACUUGAGGAGAUUGAGCGGGCAAACAAUCUCAAACUUGCAAAGAAGGAAAUCAGCCAAAAGAAGAUGAUGAAUCCCAUCAUGCAAGCUCGCCUGGCCUGCAACUCUCCACACAACUUCUACUGGCCCUGGGUGGACGAAUCUUCCACUGUGGACGAAACCCUCGUGUCUGCAUCUGGCAAGAUGCUUCUUCUUGACCGCCUAGUGCCCUACCUCUUCAAAAAGGGGCACAAGAUCCUCAUCUUCUCCCAAUUUAAGACGCAGCUGGACAUCCUCCAGGACUGGGCUACACAAUUACGGAACUGGCCCUGCUGCCGAAUCGACGGCGCAAUCGCCCAGGCCGACCGACAGGCGCAGAUCAAGGCUUUCAAUACGGACAAGAGGCACAAGAUCUUCCUGCUCAGUACUCGUGCUGGUGGCCAAGGAAUUAACCUCGUUUCUGCGGAUACCGUUAUCCUAUUCGACUCUGACUGGAACCCACAGCAAGAUCUCCAAGCUCAGGACCGAGCGCACCGUAUUGGACAAACCAAGCCCGUGAUCGUGUACAGACUCGCGACUAAGGGUACCGUUGAGCAGACUCUUCUCGAGAAAGCAGAUUCCAAACGCCGCCUCGAGCGUCUGGUAAUCCAGAAGGGCAAAUUCCGAUCACUCCUUGACACGGGUAGUGCCCAUGAUGUCGAGGAGCUGAGGAAGGUCCUCGGUGAAGAUGAAUUCGAACGCUUUGAAACGGGCGCCGACCCUGCGGCUAUUCUUUCGGAUGAAGAUCUCCGGAUCCUUACCGAUCGAAGUGAGGAGGCAUAUGCUCGUGCUGAAAAGGGUCUCGAGCAGAGUGGACCGGCUUUUGUUGCUGUCGAAACUAAGCGUGAUGCGGGCGAGUCUUUGAUGUCGUAA